AUGUCAGAAUGCGCCGCAUUAUCGCCCGCCGCCGCUUCUGCUUCCACCUCCCCCGCCGCCUCGAGAUUUCCGGGGGAGCGCGCCUCUCCCGGCAGCGGCGCGUCGCCCGGCGGCGACGCGGCGGCGGUCGAACCGCAGCGCGCCUCAGCUGGCGGCGCCGCCUCAGCAGACUGCGCCGCCUCUCCUGGCGGCGACGCGGCGCCUGGCGGCGAGAGGCAUCUUUUCUGCUUCGGGCUGGGAUACGUGGCAGUGGCACUGUCGAGUGUGCUUCUAUCCAAAGGCUGGCGCGUGUCAGGCACGUGCAGGAGCCAGGAGGAUUGGCAUCGAUUGUGUCACAUGGGCUUACAAGCACACCUGCUGGAGGACCAUGGCACUGACAGCACCGUGUGUCUCCCCCAGGCCGCUCUCUCCGCCCUCCACUCGGCCACUCACGUACUCGUCUCCAUCCCCCCUCUCCUCUCUCCUCGCCCCUCAUCCCCACAACACGUUGAUGUGGUGCUUUCCUCCUGUUGCCAGCACCUGAUGCAAUCUGCCAGGCAUGGGCUCAGGUGGAUCGGGUAUCUGUCGUCCACAGGCGUCUAUGGUGACUGGGACGGCCAAUGGGUGGAUGAGGACUCCCCUCCGCGCCCGCUCACCCCGAAGGCCGUUGCUCGCUACGCCGCCGAGAGGGAGUGGCUGGCCUUCCAGGCACAACUCGGGGAGGUGGUAUCUGAUGCACACCAGCCGGACAAGGAGGGCAGGAGUCAUGUGGAGCGGAACCAGGGCGAGGGCUCUGUUGUUGCUGUCCGCAUAUUCCGGCUCGGGGGGAUUUAUGGGCCCUUUCGCAGGUAUCACCGUGCCUACGACUCCUCUCCUCUGAUCUCCCCUAUUUCCCCCUCCCUCCGCCAUCCCCGCCUCUCCCCCGCCUCCCUCCGCCAUCCCCGCCUCUCCCCCUCUUACAACAGUGCUCUGGAUACAGCAGCAGCAGCAGCAGAGAUGGGAGCAGGAGAAGCACAGUCGUCAGUGUCAGCUGCAACGCUUGAUUCAACGAGAAGCAGGCGAGGGGACAGCAGCUGUGAAAAGGGCAACCUCAGCAGUGAAGCGCCCAGUGGCAACUGGGGUAGCAACAGCGAUCGGGGCAGCAGCAACCAUAAGGGUGAUAGUGGCAGCAAAAGGGAUGAGAGCAGCACCAAUCGCGAGCGCAGGCAGAGGAAGCGGUUCACGUCGCGGUGCCACGUGGCAGACAUCUGCGCUGCGAUUGGUGCCAGCAUGGACGGCCGUGGCAGCAGGUGA